CCGCGCUUUAAUACCGGGAAUUUCUGUCUGUUAAUUUGAGAUUUGAGAGAAGGUGAGCGUCUUUGCUUAACUAUUGUUUGCUGUCUAAGCACACGUAUCCCACAUUAUGGAAUCUUCAACAGGGGAUGCCGAACAAAGCGACCGCUUUGAGUGGUUUCUCCAUCGCUGUUUUCACAAGGAGUACAAAAUCAUUCCGAUACGGAGCGUAUGCCUUAGCUUGGGCCGUGGUCCUGAUGUGGGAUUACAGUUUUGCCCAAAAAUAUUUAAAACUGUGUCAAGGAAUCAUUGCAAGGUGCAGAUUAUUAACGGAAAGCCUACCAUCACCGACUGUGAUUCGCAAGGAGGUACGUUCGUUAACAAUAUGCGUCUGGAGAAGUUAUCUCCCGGUCGCACUGAACUAAAGGAAGGGGACCGAGUUUUUAUCGGGCAUAAUAAUACUGAAAUACAGCAGUAUUUCAAAUUUCGUUCGGACGUAUUGAAGUACCGAGUAUGUCGCAAGAUUCCAGACGAGGAAGCAGUAAUUAUCUCCGAUGAUGAAUCAGAUGCUAGCGACAGUCCGGCAGUAUUGCCCAUCAUUGCGGAAACGCUCUCUUCAGAAUCUCUGAAGCAAUCGUGUGAAUCGAACGAAAUAUCCGCGCCUAAAGCACCGUCACCGGUGCCAGGACCUUCUGGUUUGAAGGUGACGCAAUGCGUCUCAGUACCGGUGGAGUUAAUGAGGAAAUCAAGCUUUGAAGAGGUGUAUGAUAUGUGUGCCGAACGAUCGUCUAAAUUUGAUACCAACGAUAUUAUAAUCCUUUCGGACGAUGAAGAUGAGUAUGCGGAUCUGCAUCACACGCAGCUGGUGUUAGAAGAAGUCAAAAAAGAAUUAGCGGAUAUGGAAAAUCAGAACAUUAGUCAUAAUGUAUGUGGCGAUACCAAUGACAAGUGGAAGUCAAAGUUGAAAACGGACAUCGAUGCAACACAACGCUACAAAGAAAAGACCAAAAAGAGUAAGGGUAAACCCGAUUCCCUUAAAAAUGGGAAAGCUGAGGACAAUAAUGGUUCCCCGAAGAUGGAACGGGUUGAAAAGACCACCACAAAAUCGAGCGAUAAACAGCACAAGUCUACCAAACACUCCACUGGUAAAGAAAACACGAAACAAUCCACCGAGACGAAGGAUACAAAUUCAAACCAUGUUCCUUUGGUAAUGUCCUUAAUGAAAAGUAAGAACAAUGAUUGGAUUGUUGCAAAAGAAAAUAAUGAGGGCGCGAAAAAGUCGCGUAAAUCAGUUGACUCACCAGCGACAAGCGAUGAAGCUGAAGACGGCGAGAAAAGACAAAAUACGGACGAAACGGUGAAGCUCAAAAGCAAAACCCCUGUUGUGCAAGAGUCAUCGAAAAAUGUGCGAAAGCGACGCCAUUCGGUUGCUGAUUGGAAUGAACUUGGUGCAAGGAAACCUCAUGGAACGAUCGAAAUAGUACCACCGGCUGCUCCAUCGCAUCGAGCACCGCUCUGGAUGACAAGUUCCAGUACCGAUCCGAAGCCAACCACAACUGUCACCUUGAAGCCUACCACCGUCGUUCCGAAACCACCUACUGCCGAAUGUUCACACGGCCCGGCGAAAGAUAAGGAUACUUCGCAAAACAAUGAUAAACCCGUUUUAAAACGGCGUGUUUCAAUUACCUCGCCGGAGGAAAUGCAUGCACUUUUCCAGAAGAAAUUUAAACCACGUCCUAAUGCUCCGGACAAAAUAUUUGAGUUUCAUCCUAUAAGUGCUGCAGCAAAGGAGCAAAAGGAGCAGCGUAAAAACCGAUUAAUGGAAGUGAUCAAGAAAAAUCAGGAAAAAAUAACACCAGCGAAAGAUGAUCCACCGGUUGCAACCAAAAAAACGAGUUCGACUAAGCCAAAGGUAAAGUUUACUCCAAACAAUCGUGGAAUGUUUCUUAUCGCACCUAUUCCGCCGCCAACUUCGCGCGCCGCAUCCACAUCGCGGCCAACAUUGACCGAGGAAAGCAUCAUGUGUACGCAAUCGACCACAUUGGACCAGUUACCCAAUGCGUACAGUGCGGAAACGGUGUUCGAUACGCGCCCGAGCAAGAUUACGUUCAAAGGUGUGGAACGAGUGAGCAACGUCAAUCUGCCGGUCCCGAACGGCAGUGAAUUAAGGAAGAUAACUGCCCGUCGGUAUUCCGUGGCAGAGCCACCAACAUAUUUAAACCCACAGCCACAUACGAGCGCCAAAGCUAACCUUAACCCAACAAAUCAAAACAACACUGCCACCGGCCCGCAUAGCUCUGCCGCGAAAACAACCAAAUCAACUAGCAACAGCAUAACAAGUUCAAACGCUACUCAUGCUUCCCGUGCUGCAGCUACAGAUGAAAGCGCCCCACGAAAAAGCGUGACAAUCAUGGAGAAUUUAAACAAGACGAAGUUGUUUGAAAAAUAUCUUGUUCCAGCAUCGAUUGUAGUUCAAGAACAUAUUUUGUACCUAGAGCAGGAACUGCUUGCUGAAAUAUUGAAAUGGUCUCCACAAUGGUUGACUGGCCAGCAAACGAAUUCGUUACGCAACGUACCAUUUGGCAAUGAGGAUAAAAUGAUGCCAAAGUUAGAAGAGUACGAAGAUUAUGAGUGCUUCAGGAAGCUUCAUACCCCGUUUCUAAUACGCGAACUCUGGAAUGAAGUAAGCGCGAAUGCUAAAUCAAUGACAUUUACCUUGGUCGCGCAUAUAAUCGGUUUCCGUCUCUCCAAGUGUAAUGCUUUGUGCGAGAUUGAUUGUGAAGUUCGCAUCAGUAUCAGUCAAAUGCAACAGUCAGCAUCAUUCGAUUUCGGCAUCAUGGAGUACCAGCUGUCGCCGCAGCAAAAAUGUAGUUCGUUUUUCUACAUUCACACGCAAAUGCCAUUACAGUACGGAGAGAGUGGUCAGGAUAAUAGUGGUCCGAACUCAACAAGAGCAAAGAAGUACACUUUGUAUGCACCAAUACUCGUGGGAACCCAGCUGGAGGUGGGUCAAUCUUUCGUCCUGCGUCCAUUCACAAGAAUUCUUUUGUGUUUGCGACGCGCAAAUGCAUUAGCUGCACUGAAAUUUUCACCGUUGCUGUGUAAUAUCCUGACGCCUUCCUUUAACGUGAUAAACACGCUAAAGGUUACCAGGCGUACAAAUACGAAUUCAGUUGUGAAAAACUGUGCCCCGCAACUGGAACCGGGUACGCUCAAUUCGGGGCAAAUGAAUGUUCUGUCAUCAGUGCUGGCUGAAUGUUUCUGUACGGAACUGCCUACCAUUUCCAUCAUACAGGGACCAUCGGGUACGGGCAAGUCCCGUGUUAUCAGUCACUUGAUUUUGCAGCUAAUGCAUAUCGCUCGCUCAAAUGGCGUCAAAAUGAAGGUGCUGAUGUGUGCUGCUUCCAAUACGGCGGUUGAUGUUAUAGUGAAAAAAAUAUUAAGAUUUAAGGAAAGUUCGGCUCAUACAAGAAACUUAAAGGUAGUACGUACGGGAUUAAAAACCAAAGUCGACCUUUCCUGCAUGCCAGUGUUCAUCGAUAAGCUGGUUCAAGACAAAAUCAAUUCGGAAUAUGGGCAUGGUCGACUCAGAAAUGCUACUACUACCACCGAGACAAAACAGCCCCGAACAAAGGAAGAGAUUACGACACGCUAUCAAAUAUUAAAUGAAGCGGAUAUCGUAUGUACGACGCUCGGAAGCUGCUCAAUACUUGCAUCAUAUUCCCUCGACAUCCAGUUUAACGUGUGCAUAAUCGACGAGGCUACGCAAUGCACGGAAUUGUGUACGCUGCUACCGCUACAGUAUAAAGUAUCGAAGCUAGUGCUGGUGGGUGACAUCCAUCAGCUGCCGGCAACCGUACUAGAUCAACAAAGUAUUGAGGCAGGAUUCCGAAAGUCGCUAUUUUCGCGCCUCUAUCAAUCCUACAUAGAUAAGCAGAAGAUGGACGAGUUAAAGGUGCUGACGACACAAUAUCGUAUGCAUCCGGACAUAUGCCUUUGGCCCAACGAGUACUUCUACCAGCGUAAGUUGAAAAGUGCUCCCUGCACAGAAGCACAACGCAAGGACAUUCCGUUGAAGCCGUAUAUGGUGAUAAGUCUCAGCUACGAUCAAGAACUGACACAGGCUCAGUACGAGAUCUACAACAAGGACGAAAUUAGAUUCGUCGUUGGACUAGCGAAAAAGAUGGUGGCUUGCUGCAGUAACCGAGCGUCCUUGGCAAUAAUAACACCCUACGCACGGCACAGAGAAGAAAUCGCCCAAACGUUGCGCAAUCUCUCCCUCCAGCGUGUGGAAGUGCAUUCGAUUGAUUCGGUUCAGGGGAAAGAGUUUGACGUUGUCGUAAUUUCUUUGGCCCGGUCGAAUGGAACAGGAUUUCUGGAUCAACCAGAGCGCAUCAAUGUGGCGCUGACACGUGCCCGACAAUGCUUGGUGUUGUGUGGAAACUUCCACAGCCUGAGACACAAGCCUGUUUGGUCAUCGUUGCUAGCGGAUGCACAGAAACGAAAAGUUUACUACCAACUCGAAGAUCAUGACGCGCACGCAUACGGCGAACAGAUGGUGCAGAACAUCAUGCAACGGCUGCGCAAGAAUUGAAACUUAACAUAGCAUUUAUUAUUUCAUUAAUAAUCAACACAAGACAAACAUCAAGCUGCAAACAGGAAAUUCCGAUGCACUAUGAACAGGGUUUUAUUUUAAUCUAUGUUUCUGUAGAUUUUUUACAAAAUUUAGUUUCUUUUUAAAAAUGUAAACAUGAAGUGCCUUGCAUGAUUGAUCUGAUAACUUGACUGUAUAAUUUUUUCUUGUUGGUUGCAGUGUUAUGUUUUGAACAUAACAUUGAUUUUGGAAAUUGGAAACCUUCAUUUAAUUUCCUAACUAAUUAAUUAUUUGUAAUGUGAUCAUGCUUUACACCUACGUAAAAUUACAUUAAUGUUCGAAUGUAGAUUAGAUUUACCGGGACGUAACUUAAAGAUUGCAGUGAGACUGAUUGAAGAAGUUAACGAAUUGUACGCGGUUGGAAUGAUAAUGAUAAAGAAUAAAACAAAUUCUAUCAUCCUUCAUUGGUUCGGUUAGUUUUCCUGUUUGCUAGUGAGAUGCGAAAUGGUAUUGGUGAGAAGGAAAAACAAUAGCGAUGAGGGAAACACCUGCAGCGUGUACGUACGCUUAUGUGGACGCUCUCAGGAUAUGCAGCUUGUGAGCAAGGAGAAAGAGAGAUAGCGCUAGCUAGUGAGAAUGAGAAUAUUGACGGUAGAAAAUGCGUGAGCGCGCGAGAGCGUGAGAAAACUCGCGUAUAGGCGAAUCAGUCAAAGAGAAAGGAAAAUGCGGUGUGCCUGCUACGGUUAGCUUGCGUUCCACGAGCAGCAGCCUGUUCAGUCGAGAAUUGUUGUCGUUCGUGACGGGAAGAACAGUGAGUGCGAUUGGUGUCCGGCACGCACUAACGGGUUACAUUUUUUUCUUUUAUGGUUGACUCAACAAAAAAAAAACCAAAAUCGCUACAUCCGCCCUCUAAUCCUCCCGGUGGUGUGUUAAACCUUCCUGUACAGCGUUUCUGUCGCCCACGUACGGUUUGCGUUUCGUGCGGUAGGGAACUAUGCGUACACCGGGACGAGAUUGUGCACCGAAAUACAAAGCAAAAAUAUGGUGCAUUAAUAAUCGCAUUCCCUUCGUUGGCAGCAGGUGUGCGCGAGUGUGCGUUGUUCGAACGGGUUGGAAAAGAAUUAGCAAUUGUAUGAUAAGAUGUCACUAGCGCAUCGCAUGACAGUGUGGUCGGAUUACAGAUGAAUCAAAGGCAAAUUUAAACCCUACCAUAAGCCUUUAAUCACAGCAGGCGUGUCGGUUUCGCUCGACUGUUCCACACCCCUUCUGUGGUGUGCCGGAAUACGGUUUCUGUUGGUGUGCGAAAGCAAAGUGAGGUGCAAUAAUAGCCAACCGCCCGCAUACCGUUUAGUCGUCAAAGGUGAGCUGGUCAGUGUGUCGGGCUUGUUGCAUCUAGUAGCCAAAGUGCGCAUAAAUGUAAUAUAAUACAUUUUCCACCAUUCCUACGCGUGUCGGGCAUUGCGAGAUGUGUUGAGAUAUGUGCCAUCAAAGAUACAGGGAGAGUCAGUUUGUUACGAAUUUCUACCGUCAGUAAUCCUGUAGUACUUUCGUUCCGUGCCUGAAAGUUCACCUAGUGUGUCCAAAAAAUAUGAGUUACAGUACUGUCCUAUGGAGAUCUGCAGCUGAAAACUGGAAAUUAGUGACAGGUACCAACUUAAGUUAAACAUUUUAUCGUAAAUGUAUUACGAUACAUGCACAAAAAGUUUUUUUUUCUCCUAAAAGAAGAUAAAAAUUCGGGCACGGAUUUGUUGCGUGUGUGUAGUAUAUACAAAUAAUUUCAUACGAAUUUCCAUUACAAUUUCGAUAGUUUUAAGUUGUUAUAUUUUCUUCAAAUUCUAUAAUCUCAAUUACCAUGUGAAAUAAUGCAUUAAUCUAUGCAUCAUUCUAAUAAGUUUUUAACCAUCUACAAUUGUUAAUUUAAAUCCCUUUUAGUAUAGAAACUUAUCGUUUUGAACACGAAAUAUCUGGUGGCCAAUCUUUACAAGCAAAAAAUGGACAAACUAUUUAAUUGGAAGACGAAAUAAUAUCAUACUCGCCUUCGGGCCACAACUUCAACACCCAUUUGCAAAAUGGUUCCUUGUUUAAAUUUCUUUGCUAUUUUCAUUAGUUUACCUACAAAAAAAAAACGGCUCAACGGUAAAUCUGGAAGGAAAAGUGCCCGCGAGAUUUUCUAGGGUGUAUGAAAGAGAAUCAGACUGCUGGUGAAAGAAAAACGUGUUCAGAGAUCCUGAGAAAGGAGAGUAAAACUCCAGAGAGGAGAGAGCGUGAUACAAAAAAAAACGCACUCACACAGAGCAAGAAAUAGAGAGAGUAUGUGUGCGUGCUUGUGUGUGUGUGUGUGUGGGUAGAAAAAAAGGAAAAAUUAAUGAGCAUUCCUGGAUUGUGUCUGUGUUGGUGGUGCACAAUCGUACCAAAUAUUAGGGGAGGAAAAGGUUUUCAAGCCCCAAAAGUACUUAAAUAAGCCAACUUUAACUAGGUAUACUAACCAUCAGUUGCUAGAAAUGAAGGAACAGGAAUCGAAGGAAUGGUAAAUAUCUGACAUAGUGGAAACAAUUUUGAAUAAUAAUAU